GUGUGAGAGGAAGAAACAGCAGCAGGAGGGAAAGGGAGCUGCCAGCUGCUAGUCUUAGUGUUUUACCGGUGAAGAGAUAUUUUACUGGUUUCUUGCGUACGAUUAUUAGCUCCUGGCGACAUGACGGAUUCAAUUUUAAGGGAAUACACACAGCGAUGUGCCAAGGCAGAAAAGGAGACAGAAAAGUUGGCUGCAUGUCUCCAAGCUCUAAGUGAAGGUGGUGUGGCUAACACAGAGAACACAGAGGCUGUCGACAAAGAACUUCUUGAUCUCCUGAAUGAAAACCGAAAACUGAAGUACAGGAUUGGCAUUCUCAAGAAAAGUAUAGAACGGCAAAGGGAAAAUGCUGGUACUGCAUCCUUUGGAAACUCAAAGAACUCCUGCAAUGUUCUUGGCCAUUUGGAAAACCUCUUCACAAGUGCAAUCAAGUCAGCUUAUCCAAGUGUCACCAAUGUGUUAGCUCAGCUCCAAGUUUCUAAGCAUGCUGACUACCAGUGCAACGAUGCCAUGGCUCUCGCUAAGACUUUAAAGAAGAAUCCCCGUGAAGUGGGGGACAACAUCCUCAAGAAUGUGGCACCCAGUCCUCUGAUAUCCAAGCUGGAACUGUCUGGUCCAGGCUUUAUCAACAUCACCCUCAGCCAAAACUUCAUGAAGCAGCAGGUGACCAACAUUGUGCUGAAUGGAGUCACUCCCCCACCCACCACGCCCCUGAGAGUGGUGGUAGACUUUUCCUCACCCAACAUUGCCAAGGAGAUGCAUGUUGGUCACCUCAGAUCCACCAUCAUAGGAGACAGCAUAUCUCGCCUCAUGGAGUUCCUGGGCCAUGAUGUCCUCCGGCUGAACCAUUUGGGAGAUUGGGGUACUCAGUUUGGGAUGCUGAUUGCUCACUUAGAGGAUCGUUUCCCAGACUUUGCCUCCAAACCUCCACCCAUCUCAGACCUGCAGACAUUUUACAAAGAAUCAAAGAAGCGAUUUGAUGAGGAUGAAGAGUUCAAGAAGAGGGCAUACCAGGCUGUAGUGAAGCUGCAGGCACAUGAACCGGUCCACAUCAAGGGGUGGCAGGAGAUAUGUGAGAUCUCCAAGAGAGAGUUCUCCAAAGUUUAUGAGCGCCUUCAAGUGAAAAUUGUAGACCGAGGCGAGUCUUUCUACCAGAGCCGCAUGGAAGAUGUGGUGAAGAUACUUAAUGGUGGAGGAAUGUUGGAGGAAGAUGAAGGACGUAAGGUAAUGUUCGCCGAGGGAGCAGACAUACCGUUAACCAUAGUGAAGUCGGAUGGUGGCUUUACUUACGACACCUCAGAUAUGGCGUGCAUCAAGCACCGGAUAGUGGAGGAGAAGGCUGACUGGCUGGUGUAUGUGACAGAUGCCGGCCAGGCACAGCACUUCAAGAGUCUCUUUGCCUGUGCUAAAAGGGCAGGCAUCUAUGAUGCGAAAAAAACCCGAAUUGAUCAUGUUACCUUUGGUGUUGUUUUGGGAGAGGAUAGGAAGAAGUUCAAGACACGAUCAGGUGACACUGUGCGGCUGGUGGAUCUCCUGGAUGAGGGCCUGCAGCGUUCAGAGGAGAAGCUCAGGGAGAAGGAGAGGGACAAGGUACUGACUCCUGAGGAAUUCACCAAAGCCAAGAAUGCUGUUGCAUAUGGUUGCAUCAAAUAUGCUGACCUCAGCCAUGACAGGUCAAGGGACUAUGUGUUUUCCUUUGACCGCAUGCUGGACUUCCGAGGCAACACGGCUGCCUACCUGCUCUAUGCCCUCACCAGGAUACGUUCCAUUGCCAGGACAGCCUGCGUAAGCCGAGAAGAAAUUGUGACUGAGGCACAGAAACAGCCAAUAGAGCUGGAGCACGAGAAGGAGUGGAAGCUGGCCCGCGCCCUUCUGAAGCUUCCUGACGUUCUUGUUAAGAUAACUGAAGACUUGUGUCUUCACACCCUCUGCGAAUAUCUUUUUGAGGUUUCAGCAGUGUUCACUGAGUUUUAUGAUAAUUGCUACUGUGUUGAAAAAAAUUCUGAAGGGAAGAUUGUGAAGAUCAACCUGAACCGCUUGAUGCUGUGUGAGGCAACAGCGAUGGUCAUGGAGAAAUGCUUUGCUAUUCUUGGCAUUGACACUGUGGAAAAAAUGUGAUUCUGUCUGUUUAUGGAGAUCACUUGCUUUUUGGAAUUAUUUUUUUGCAUUUCAGCAAUUUAUAAUUGCUCCAUUUGGUGCCUUCCAUUAAUUAUAAUUUAUCUGGAGGCUGCAAACUAAAUUAAACACUUGGAAGUUCUGCAGGGUUAUAGAUUUUGCAUAAUUAGUUUAUUGAUUUCAAUUGUGUAAUUAAACCAAUGUUUAAGUAUGCCUACCAGACCAGCAUUAAUAAUAAUUGUUCAAAGAAAA